AAGAGAGAAAUAACAGAGAAAGAGAGAGAGAAAGAGUGAGAGAGACUAUGAUUGGAUGCCAGUGACAGAGUAAAAGACUAAAGCAGCUUGUGAAUUUUCUUAGUUGUCAUGGGCCCUUGGGGGUUGAUCAAGUGGCACCGUUGACUCACAGAGGAAAAGACAGAAGACACAUGAAGAAACGUCGACAGCGAAAACAACAAACACAAGUGACAAGAAGUAACUAAGGACAACGGGGCUCUUAUAAGUAACCGUGCAACACAAGCAGAGAGUGAGGGGCACGCAGGGUGAGUGCCUCAUCCAGAGGGAGACUCUACAAGCAGCAGAGAGAGGGACCAACAAAAUCAUCCAGCCGGAUCCAUCAGUCCCUCAACCUUCUAUCAUCAGUCAUCAUCACUCCAGCCAGCGAGGAAGGGGCAGAGAAAUGAAGAGACCUCAUGAUUACAGCUCCCCGGACUCUGACACAGACGAGUUCAUUGAUGUGGGGCAAGAAGACAGUUACUGCCCAGUCACCGGGUCCAUGUCUCCAGGCAGCGCUUCUCAGAUUCUGGCCCGAAAGAAGAGAAGAGGAAUCAUAGAGAAGCGGCGCAGAGACCGGAUCAACCACAGCUUGUCAGAGCUUCGUAGACUGGUGCCCAGUGCUUUUGAAAAACAGGGUUCAUCAAAGUUAGAGAAAGCAGAGAUUCUGCAGAUGACUGUGGACCACCUCAAACUGCUGCAUGCCAUGGGAGGUAAAGGAUACUUUGAUGCGAGGGCUCUGGCAGUUGACUACAGGACCCUGGGCUUCAGGGAGUGCGUUGGAGAGGUGGUACGGUACCUCAGCUCACUCGAGGGGGACUCCCCAGACCCUAUAGGAGCUCGUCUGGUCUCCCACCUCUCCCACUGUGCAAGUGAGCUAGACCCUCUUCUCCUGCAGUCACCUCCAGCUUCCGCCCUGCCCUUCCCUCCUUGGCCAUGGGCAUCCUUCCCUCAAAUCUCCCCUAACUCACCAGCCUCCUCCUCACCUCCUUUCCCCAGCGGGCGGAGGGAUCUGGCCCUGCUAGGGAACUACCCAUCACACACCUCUCUACGCCUCGCCCCCCUGGCUGGGUGCCAGCAGGGUGCACCACAGCUCCUUGCACCCACAGCUCUUGCCACCGUCCACAGGGUGCCCUCCCUUGCAGCGUCUCCAGCCCUAGCCCCCUCCAGAGCGCCACAGCCAUCUCCUCACAGCUCUACCAGGGCCUCACCUCUACCUCUCCCAACCCCUUCCUCUUCCUCUCCUUCUACCUCCUCCUCUUCCACUUCAUCAUCUUCUGCCCCUCCACAAGUCUCUUUUAGGCCCUUUGCACCUAUGGGGUCUCCCACAGUCCAGCGCAGGAGCUUGAGUGGAUCAGCCAAGGCAGCCCAAGGAUGGGGGACUGAGAUCGGUGCUUUUUGAGGGUCAGUGGACGUGGACCUCCCAUGUGCUCUAUGUAGCGAAUAUUGAUUCCUUUGGAUAAAGAAGUAUUCAACCUUUGAUGAUUGUUUCUGCUUCUAAAAGCCAUAUCCGAUGACGUUUCCAACCAUCACAAUCCUAUGUUAUGGAACAAUGAGGGAAUGUGAAUGAAUAGCUCUGAAUAAAAUCAUGUUGUUGAUUUUGCUUGACAAAUACACACAAAGAAGAGUGUCCGUCAGAGCCAUAGUCACAGUAAAACACUCAGCAGAGUGUGGUUGACAUUUUACUGAUCCCAGAACUGUGAUGUUUCUUUUUUCCAAAACAUUUAUACUUUUGAUCAUGCUUUCUGGUGAAUGUUUGACAAAAUUUCUAUAAAGACCAAGUGCCUUUA